AUGGCCUCGACAAAUGGGAAUACCCAGCGGGUUCCCCAGCGAGCUCCCUCUCUUGACCCUUUCUCCCAUCCGGAUGUCUACUACGGCGAUGAUGACUCUUUGGCGAGGGCUAGAGACCGCCGACGUGCAUUUUCAACGAGCGUAAAGGACUAUAGCCGCGGCGAGAUCUCUGAGUUAUUGGGCACAUUGCCGUCUCGCCGAGGAAGUCACGAUGAGGCCUCCGGACAGCCCCGCAAGUUUCUCAUCAAUGUGGACGAGACCCUCGAGGCCCUUUUGAAGCAAGAGGAUACCGAUCAGAACAUGCAGAUCACCAUUGAAGACGUUGGUCCCAAGACCCUCUCAGUGGGCACUGCAGGCUCGUCUGGAUUCAACCGUGUCGACGUACGCGGCACAUACAUGCUGUCCAAUCUGCUGCAGGAAUUGACCAUCGCGAAAGACUACGGUCGCAAGUCUAUUGUACUUGAUGAGGCCCGCCUCAGUGAGAAUCCCGUCGCGCGGUUGUCACGCCUGAUCAAGAAUUCUUUCUGGAAGGCUCUGACGAGACGCAUCGAUGGUUCCAACAUUGAGGUUGCUGGACGUGACACCAAGGACUGGACCGAUGACCCCCGCCCUCGAAUCUACAUUCCCCCUGGUGCCCCCGAACAGUUCGAAUACUACUCCAACAUCGCUGAGAAGAAGCCAGAGUUGCGACUCGACGUGGUCAUGCUUGACGCGGACAUUACCCCGGAUUAUGUGAUGAAACUGAAGCAGAAGCCUGGUCUUCUUGCCCUGGCCAUGAACAAGACCGAGAACAAGGAGACCGGCGAGGCUGAAUAUUCCGGCGUUCCCUUCGUUGUCCCUGGAGGUCGAUUCAAUGAGUUGUACGGCUGGGAUAGCUACAUGGAGUCCUUGGGUCUGAUUGUCAGCGAUCGAGUAGACCUUGCUAAAGGCAUGGUCGUCAACUUCUGUUUCGAGAUCAAGCACUACGGCAAGAUCUUGAAUGCCAACCGUUCCUAUUAUUUGACACGGUCGCAACCCCCAUUCUUGACGGACAUGGCGUUGCGAGUCUACGAGCGCAUCAAGAAUGAACCAGAUGCGCUGGAGUUUUUGCGGAACGCCGUUCUGGCUGCCGUCAAGGAGUACUACAGUGUUUGGGUUUCCGAGCCACGAUUGGACCCUGUGACUGGUCUGUCUCGUUACCGGCCAGAGGGCUGGGGUGUGCCUCCCGAGACCGAGCCAAGUCACUUCAUCCACGUCCUGAUGCCCUACGCUGAGAAGCACGGAAUGAAUUUCACUGAAUUUGUCGAUGCUUACAACUCGCGUCAAGUGGUUGAGCCUGAGUUGGAUGAAUACUUCCUUCACGACCGAGCUGUCCGAGAGUCGGGACACGACACAAGCUACCGACUUGAGCGAGUUUGUGCCAACCUUGCGACAGUCGAUCUCAAUUCUCUUCUGUACAAGUACGAGGUUGACAUCGCCCGCAUCAUCCGCAUUUACUUCAAGGAUAGACUCGAGAUUCCGCAGGAGUUCCGGACGCCCUCGACUCAAGACGUCAAAUUCGAAUCUUCUUCCACCUGGGAUCGCCGUGCGCGUAAGCGUAAGCAGCGCAUGGACCAGCUGCUCUGGGACGCCGAAAAAGGUAUGUACUUUGAUUACGACACUGUCAAAGAGGUUCGCACCGACUACGAGAGCGCCACUACCUUCUGGGCUCUCUGGGCCGGCUUAGCGUCGCCAGCGCAGGCUGCUACUAUGGUCGAGAAAGCUUUGCCCCGACUCGAGGCUUUUGGAGGUCUGGUGUCUGGUACAGAGGAGUCGCGUGGACCUGUCGGUUUGGAACGACCAAACCGACAAUGGGACUACCCCUAUGGUUGGGCCCCACAACAGAUGCUGGCAUGGACCGGCUUCUUGCGAUAUGGCUACCAGGAGGAGGCCGAGCGGUUGGCAUACAAGUGGCUUUACAUGAUCACUAAGGCCUUUGUCGACUUUAACGGCGUGGUUGUUGAGAAAUACGAUGUGACCCGCCCUAUCGACCCACACCGAGUCGACGCAGAGUACGGCAACCAGGGAACCGACUUCAAGGGUGCGCCCCGCGAAGGAUUUGGUUGGGUCAAUGCCAGUUACGUGUACGGCCUCGAGUUCCUGAACGCGCACAUGCGGCGGUCACUGGGUGCCAUCACCCCUUACGACACCUACAAGAAGGCAAUUGAUUCCUCAGACACUCUUUGA